AUGAGCAACGAAACAAGCCAAUCGAUAAAGCUGCCAAGGGUUGCCAUCACCUAUUGUACGCAGUGCAAAUGGAUGCUACGAGCCGCCUACUUCGGACAAGAACUGCUUUCGACAUUUGGGACAAGCAUUGGUGAAAUAGCUCUCAUCCCGGCAACAGGAGGCAUUUUCACGGUCUACCUCACCUAUCAGCCUCCAACAUCGAACACUUCUGAUCAGGUGGAAACAAAGGAAGUUCUUCUGUGGGAUCGCAAGGCAGAAGGCGGUUUUCCUGAAACCAAGGUUUUGAAGCAGAGGGUCAGGAAUCAUAUUGAACCAGACAAGAAUCUGGGUCAUUCGGAUACGCCUUCGUCCAAGGUGAAGGCCAACACUACCCUUGAAGGCGAUGUCGUUGUAAAGCCAGACGACAGUGAGGUUGCCGCCAAUGCUGCGGUGGUGCAAAAGGAUUCUGAAGGCUGUAAAGAUUGCCCCUGA